AUGAGUUCUAACAAAGCCCGUGGAAAGCGCCCUGCUGCUUCCACAAAACGGGAGCGCCGUCCACAAAGAAGGUACGAGCGGCCCGCAAACACCUUAAAGCUGCGCGUGCGACCAAGUCUGCCGAUUUCCUCCCAGUUAAAAUCGGUCGAGGAAAGUGGAUGGCCGCUUAUUUGGGGUUUAAAAAUACUUCCGAUCUUUGCGCGUUUGCCAUCUCUUGGCCUGUCAUUCUUGCUGAGAAAUCCUUCCUAUCUCCAAGAACUUGUCGCGGCCUGGCCCAUUCACCUUGUUGAACAAGACUGGAACUCUACAGGGCAUAUCUAUUGUCUCCACAGACCCAGAAACAGCCUGGGCAUUGGGGGAGAGCGUCACGAAACAACGACAAUCGUCUCAAAGGAAGAAUAUUACAGCGUGGUCUCUGUACAUGCUGGUGAUUUCAUCGAAUGCCAUAAGAACAACAAGACGAACAUUGCCAUCUCGUUUCCAGUUCCCGAGAUUGGUCCCUUGACCAACAAAGGUGAGGGCCAGCUUGAGCUAUAUAAUCGGUGUUGGGAGUUAGUCAAGUAUCUAAGAAGUGGCUUCUAUCGAUCCAAUUGGAAGACCAGAUUUGCUACACUGCAUGCUGUAGAGAAUGGAACUGUCGUGAGCGAGGCGCAUGCAUCAUCUUGGAUGCAGAGCUCUGCCCAGAAAGUAGUCUCUGGCCUUUCAAGCAUCAAGAAGGCCUUUGCAAGCGACAAACUUGCACUGAUUAACGUCGAAGUGAAAUUGGUUAGGGGAAUACAUAUUGCGAGCAACAUGGAGACCGAAGCUGCUAUCCAGAAAGCCUUGGACCGGGAAGUCGAGCUUCCGCCUUCCGAAUUCAGACUACUAUGGGACUCUUGA